AUGGAUCUUUUGACUGUUUCCAAGUUCAAGACCGCCGACUAUGUGGUUCGAUGGUACGCUAUGGCUUGCGCCUCUCACUACGGCGGCGAGCUGGGUCAGUUGCGAAUCCGAAAGGCGCGCGAGGAGACCACCAACUAUAUCAAGACUGACAUGUUGUCAUGUACGAAACGAUCAUCUGCCCAAGCUGUAGCAGAAGAGACCGUGGAGUGCGAACUGGUGUGUCACCUUUGA